ACAAUGUCAAUUGACUAUACUCGUACUGUCACUGUCACCGGUGAUUAUGAUGUUCUUGUCGAAGCAAAGUGACAGGAGUAAAGCCCACUGAAGAACACGGGAUAGCAAUUAACGACCUGUUAGACUGCACUGAUUCAAAAGAAUACUCCUUUUUAUUUAAGAUUAGGAAGUAGGUUGUUACAUUUCACCCAUCAGACUCCGAAGCAACCAAACAGGCAUUAAUAAAAAUGCCUGCAGUACGUGGAGAUGGAAUGAGAGGCUUGGCCGUAUUCAUUUCAGAUAUAAGAAAUUGUAAAAGUAAAGAAGCAGAAAUAAAAAGAAUAAAUAAAGAAUUGGCCAAUAUUCGAAGUAAAUUUAAAGGAGAUAAAACCCUAGAUGGUUAUCAGAAGAAAAAAUAUGUAUGUAAAUUACUCUUCAUAUUUUUACUGGGACAUGACAUUGAUUUCGGUCAUAUGGAAGCUGUUAAUCUGCUCUCUUCAAAUAAGUAUUCUGAGAAGCAAAUAGGUUAUCUCUUCAUAUCUGUAUUGGUUAACACCAAUAGUGAACUCAUAAAGCUGAUUAUUCAAAGUAUUAAAAAUGAUCUAUCAUCAAGGAAUCCUAUCCAUGUUAAUUUAGCUCUUCAGUGUAUAGCAAAUAUUGGCAGUCGUGAAAUGGCUGAAGCUUUUGGUAACGACAUUCCCAAACUCUUGGUAUCUGGUGACACAAUGGAUGUGGUAAAACAAAGUGCGGCUCUAUGUUUGUUGAGACUCUUCAGAACGUCACAAGAAAUUAUACCUGGUGGAGAAUGGACUUCCCGUAUUAUUCACCUUCUGAAUGACCAGCAUAUGGGUGUUGUAACUGCUGCAACAAGUUUGAUUGAUGCUUUGGUAAAAAAGAAUCCUGAAGAAUAUAAGGGAUGUGUAUCUUUGGCAGUAUCAAGGUUGAGCCGGAUUGUGACAGCAAGUUACACUGAUCUUCAGGACUACACUUACUAUUUUGUACCUGCACCUUGGCUUUCAGUUAAAUUAUUACGUUUAUUGCAAAAUUAUACUCCACCAGCCGAAGAUCCGGGAGUCAGAGGUAGGCUCAAUGAAUGCUUGGAGACCAUUCUGAACAAAGCUCAAGAACCUCCAAAAUCCAAAAAGGUGCAACAUUCAAAUGCUAAGAAUGCAGUUCUAUUUGAAGCUAUCAGUUUGAUCAUACAUAAUGAUAGCGAGGCUAACUUAUUAGUUCGGGCUUGCAAUCAGUUGGGCCAAUUUCUGAGUAAUCGGGAAACAAAUCUAAGGUAUCUGGCGUUAGAGUCCAUGUGCCACUUGGCUACUUCUGAAUUCUCUCAUGAAGCUGUUAAAAAGCACCAGGAGGUGGUGAUUCUGUCUAUGAAAAUGGAAAAAGAUGUUUCUGUCCGUCAAAGAGCUGUGGAUUUACUGUAUGCGAUGUGUGAUAAGAGUAAUGCCGAGGAGAUUGUCCAAGAAAUGUUGAAUUAUUUGGAAACUGCAGAUUAUUCAAUUCGUGAAGAAAUGGUUUUGAAGGUUGCAAUCCUUGCAGAGAAGUAUGCUACUGACUACACUUGGUAUGUAGAUGUUAUAUUGAACCUGAUAAGAAUAGCUGGAGACUAUGUUUCGGAGGAAGUAUGGUAUAGAGUCAUACAGAUCGUGAUUAAUAGAGAUGAAGUACAAGGUUAUGCAGCAAAAACUGUAUUUGAAGCCUUACAGGCUCCAGCUUGCCACGAAAAUAUGGUUAAAGUUGGUGGAUAUAUCCUUGGAGAAUUUGGUAAUUUGAUUGCUGGGGAUCAGAGAUCUUCUCCAACUGUACAGUUCCAACUUUUACAUUCCAAAUAUCAUCUUUGCUCACCUAUGACUCGUGCUCUUCUACUUUCUACUUAUGUAAAAUUCAUCAAUCUCUUCCCAGAAAUAAGAAGUCAGGUGCAAGAGGUUUUCAAACAACACAGUAAUUUACGUUCAGCAGAUGCAGAAUUGCAGCAAAGAGCAUCGGAAUACCUUCAGUUGAGCAUCAUUGCAAGUUCUGAUGUUUUGGCAACAGUUUUAGAAGAAAUGCCAGCUUUUCCCGAAAGGGAAAGUUCAAUAUUGGCUGUUUUGAAAAAGAAAAAACCCGGUAGAUUACCUGAAAAUGAAAUAAAAGAAACGAAAACUCCAGUCGUAAUCAAUAAUUAUACUACCAAUGAUAAUCACAAUACAAGCAGUUCGACUGCUUCUGCUGAUCUUCUUGGAUUAUCUACACCAACCCAACCAAGUACUGCUUCAAAUACAGGUGGUUUACUCGAUGUCUUGGGCGAGGUUUAUGGAAGUAAAUCGAAUUCUUCGUUAAAUAAUAAUGUACAACCUAAUUCUAGUAAUUUCAAAAAGUUUGUUUGUAAGAACAAUGGAGUCCUUUUCGAGAAUGAUCUGAUUCAAAUUGGCGUUAAGAGCGAAUUCAGGCAGAAUUUGGGACGCUUGGGUCUUUUUUAUGGUAACAAAACUAACGUUCCAUUACAAAGUUUUGUUCCCAACCUUUUAUGGUCAGAAGAACAAAGUAGCAAAUUGGUAAUCCAAAUGAAGCCUGUAGAGCCUGUUUUAGAGGCUGGAGCACAAAGACAACAAAUUAUCAAUGCUGAAUGUAUAGAUGAUUAUACAGAUACCCCAUCUAUCGGUUUGAGUUUCCUCUACAACAAUAUUCCUCAGAAAAUAACUUUUAAAUUGCCUCUUACUUUAAAUAAAUUUUUCGAACCGACUGAUAUGAAUGCUGAAUCAUUCUUUGCUAGAUGGAAGAAUCUAGGAAGCACAAAUCAACAACGCUCACAAAAAAUAUUCAGGGCUACAGGACCAAUGGACCUUCAAGCAGCUAAGCCCAAAAUAGGUGGAUUUGGUAUGCAGCUGCUCGAAGAUAUAGAUCCGAAUCCAGAUAACUUUGUUUGUGCUGGCAUUAUCCACAUGCGCUCACAACAAGUAGGAUGUCUUUUGAGAUUGGAACCCAACAAGAAUGCACAAAUGUAUAGAUUGACAGUUCGUUCAAGUAAAGAGAGUGUAUCAGUUGAAAUAUGCAAUUUACUUGCUGACCAGUUUUAAAUUCAAUGUAAAUCUUUUAUAUAAAUAUAUACAUAUAUAUCAAACUAAAAUCAAAUACUCUUUAUUUCUUAUCUUACUGUUAGUAAAGCGACCUUUUGAACGUCAUAUCAGUGGAUACAAAGUAAAAUCUAUACUUAUAAUAUCUUUGGCAGUGCUAUGAAAUCGAUAUUUAUUAUGUCUUAAGGUAAAUGUAUUGAUGUAGAUACCUACCAAUAAAUUAAUCCAAACAUUUUUGAAGACAUUAGCUAAUGCAAAUUUUUAACUCAUAUUUUUAUGAGAUCAUAUUAGGUUCCUACGACCUGAUCUCAAGUAUUUUUUAUUCUUUAUAGAAUUUAUGCUCAAUGCUGAGUUGUAUCUCUGAAUCCUUAUUAUGAUCAAAUUUAUUUUAUUAUAUUAUUGAGUUUAUAUAUUAUUCUCAAGUUUAUAUAGAUGAAUACCUGAAUGAUAUCUUAGGGAAUUGUUGAUUUGUGAAAUGAAUUAAAGCUAACAUACAAUACAGAGAUCUUGUAUUCCAGACCUCAUUAAUUUGGCUUAAACCAAUUGUACUAUUUAUAGUGACUAUUAUAAUGUUCUGAUUGUAUGUAUUAUAAGUACAAAGUAAAA